ACAACAUGGCCGGCAUGUGCACUUUUUUUUAUGUUUACAUCACAUUGUUUAGUUUUAUAUUCAUCAAAUCAUAUUCUUUUCGAGUUUUUACAGAUAGUGACAUAAAAAUGUACAGAGAAAAAGUUGUACAGAUGUUUCAUCAUGCAUAUGAUCAUUAUUUGAAGAGUGCUUUUCCUUACGAUGAACUUCAACCUAUAUCUUGCCGUGGAAUGGACACUUGGGGUAGUUUUUCCCUGACAUUAAUUGAUGCCCUUGAUACUUUAGCAGUGAUGAAAAAUUAUACUGAAUUCAGACGAGUUGUAAAUACUCUUCUUGCAACAGCUGAUUUCAAUGUUAACAUCAAUGUUUCUGUAUUUGAAACAAAUAUUCGUGUUGUUGGAGGAUUAUUAUCUGCUCAUUUGUUAUCAAAGAGAGCUGGUCUUGAUGUUGAUCCAGGUUGGCCAUGUUCUGGUCCAUUGUUGAAUCUUGCUGAGAAAGUUGCUCGCAAAUUGCUUCCAGCUUUCAAUACGAAAACUGGCAUGCCAUAUGGAACAGUCAAUUUGCUGUAUGGAGUUCCUCCUGGUGAAACACCUAUUACUUGUACUGCUGGAGUUUCUACCUUUAUAAUUGAGUUUGGUACAUUGAGCCAGCUAACUGGUGAUCCUGUAUUUGAGAAUGUGGCUGUGAAUGCUUUAAAUGCUUUGUGGCAAAGGCGAUCGCCAUUGGGAUUGGUAGGCAAUCAUAUCAAUGUCCAAGAUGGGAAGUGGACUGCCCUUGAUUCUGGUAUAGGUGGUGGUGUUGAUUCUUACUUUGAGUACUUAGUUAAAGGUGCAAUACUGUUUCAAGAGCCAAAAUUUAUGAAAAUGUUCAAAGAGUAUGAAAAAAUUAUUUCCAAAUAUAUGAAAAGAGAUGAUUGGUAUUUCUGGGUAAGCAUGAGCAGUGGCCAAGUUACUAUGCCUACCUUUCAGUCCCUUGAAGCAUUCUGGCCUGGUCUUCUGACUCUUGUAGGGGAUAUUCCGCAAGCUGUAAAAACUCUGUACAAUUAUCAUCAAGUGUGGAAGCAAUAUGGAUUUACACCAGAAAUAUAUGAUGUAUCUCACAGUCAUGCCAAACGGGAAAAUUAUCCACUUAGACCAGAAUUAAUUGAAAGUAUCAUGUAUUUAUAUUAUGCAACAAAAGAUCAACAUCUUCUGGAAAUUGGAGUUGAUAUACUUGAAUCCAUUGAACACAGUGCUCGGACAGACUGCGGCUAUGCCACAAUAAAAAAUGUAGUGGACCAUAAAAUUGAGGACCGGAUGGAAUCAUUUUUUCUUGCUGAAACAACUAAGUAUCUCUACCUCUUAUUUGAUCCAGAUAAUUUUAUUCAUAAUAAUGGAUCUUGUGGAGAAUUAAUACAAAUGUCUGGUGGAAACUGCAUAAUAGGAGCUGGUGGUUAUAUUUUCAAUACUGAAGCUCAUCCAAUUGAUGUUGGUGCUGUGUAUUGUUGCAGUGCAAAGCAUCAGGAUCAUCAGAUUUUACUGUAUGAAUUUCAAAAAAAAUUGGAUCUUCAUUCUCUUCUUGAAAUCCGUGACAUGGAUGACUUUUUCAAAGUCUUUAAGCAAAGUAAGAAGCAGAAGUAUAAAUCAGAGAAAAUCCUUAAAAAUGUAACAUCUAUUGAAAUUCUAAAUGGAACACAAACUACUGGGAUUGAUAAUAAUUCAGAAGACAUGCUUAGUACUGAAAAAAACAGUUUCUCAGUAUCUUUUAAUAAUAGUGUUAAUAAUAUAUUGCAUGACAGAAGUCAGAAUAGUAAUAGUACAUUUUAUAAUGAAGAAAUGACAAAUGAAAAUAUUACUAAUGUUAAUGCUGAAGUAACAAAAGAUAUAAGUGAUACAAAUAUUUCAUCCAGUGAUUUUAUACAUAGCAAUUCAACAUUGCUGUCAAAUACCACAUUUUCAGAGGAAUUAGAUGAUUUAGAGACUCAUAGUGAUAAUGAGCUUAAUUCAAAUUCCACUUUUAUAGUUCAUGAAAGCUCUGAAUCUUUAGAAAAUAGACAGUCAGAUGUGCUUGAUCAAGCAAGCUCCAACUUUGCAGUUUCUGACCCAAAUUUGACUAGUACUUCAGUUAUUCAUCAGAAAGUAGAUGAAAAAUCAAUCUCCUUAAGUUCCUCUGAUGACCUGUAUGAUAAAGAAUUUUGCAGUUAUGAAUUUCUUGUAUGCCCUGCACAACCUUUUAUUUCUAGGUUGAAUAUAAUGGGAGAAAUGUUCAAUAUUUAAAGUUUUUGUGGUUGUAUUUUGUUAUAAUGAACAUUAAUUUCUGAUUAAGGUUCAGAUUAACUAUGCAUAUGCUAGAUAAUAUAUAUCCUAUUUUUUUACUUUCUUAUUCUAUAUAUGUCAUACAUAAAACCUAUUUGUUUGAUACUGAAGUUAUAUUUUUUUCUAGUUAAAAUUUUCAGUGCCUUAAAUGUUAGUAGAUGUGAUGUCAGUUAUUAAUGGGAAAAUGUUUCUGUUCCUUAAAAUAUUGAAAAUAUUCUAAUUUGUGAUUUCUUAACAUGCAGCAAAAUUGUACUAUCAGAUCAACAAAAAAGAACAGUUUGAUAUGUGCUGUGGUUAUUACAUUUUUACUAUUUAGAGCUUCAUACUGUAAAAUCUAAACUUGUGAAUUGUCAUGGAAAUUGAAAGGCAGCAUAACAAGAGUAUAUACAAAGGAGUUAAGCACUUUAAUUUUUUUCUUUUGUUAAAUUUAGAAAAUGUAUUGAUGGAAAUUUUUAUAAAUAUAAUUCUAGUAAAAGUAUCAUCUAUUUUUAAGUAGGCAAAGAAAA